CCUCUUUAUCUUCAUCAGCUGGAUCACUUGGCGCAGCUGCUUCCAUCAGAUCCAGAGUUCUGUCUGUGGGGAAUGCAAGCUGAAAACAUGGAAGUACAAAUGUCCAGGAUGUUCAAUCCGAUCGUGUGGCCUUCCUUGUGUGAAAGCUCACAAGCAUCGAACAGGUUGUAACGGCAAGAGGAAGCUCACGGACUUCAUUACCCUCUCCCAGUUCGACGAUAAUCUCAUUCUCUCUGACUACAGAAUGCUGGAGGAGACAAAGAGAGUAACUGAGUCUUCUCAGAGAAUGAUAAUUCAGAUUUGUAAAAAUCCCUACUUUAAGGAAACUCAGCGUAGUAAACUCCGAGCUGCUGCUGCAAAGGGAGGAACUGAUCUAAUGUUUCUUGCUAGUGGAAUGUUGAACCGGGAGAGGAAUCAGAGUCGUUAUGAUAACCGGAGUAAGUGCAUCUCUUGGACAAUUGAGUGGCGGUUUCACUCCACAGAUGUGGCUCUUUUUGACCAUGGAGUUGGUGAAGAUACAAGUCUUUGCUCUGUGAUAGAGAAUCAUCUUAAGCCAGGUCCUUGGAUUCAUAAGCUCAAGCCUUUUUGUGAUGUGAAUCUUUAUGAUUCCCUCAAACUUUUUAUUAGCAAAUACCCAAAGUUGCAGUGUGCAAAGGCUCCUUUCAAGGAGCUGGACAUCAAGGCUCCUUUGAGGCAUCAGCUUGCCAAUGUAGCUAUCGUUGAGUACCCUGUGAUCCAUGUGUAUCUACCUUCACAGAGCUAUGGCUUUGAAGUUAGCAGAGGCUUCGACUAUUUAAACACCACACCUGAUCCUAUUGGUUUAAUAACCUCACGAGAAGAGGAAAUAAAAGAAGAGGACAUCAACUCCUUUGAGCCUGAGGUUAUUGAUUGUAUCACACAAGUCUCAGAGGACAGCAAAGUUGAGAGAGGGGAUACCAAAAGUUCAGAUACUCAGGUUGAUCCAACAAAACAACGGGAUGGAUGCUGCUGAGAAGAACAUGGAGCUUGAGUUUGAGCAAGGAUUAAUAGACAUAUACUCUGAUAUUUUUGUGGAGAUUGAUCCAGGUGAUUAUUUUAACUUUGAAUGUGAGUUUGCAAAUGGAUUUGAUUCGGAUGAUGAGUACUGCAAUCUCCAAAAUCUAGCUACUGAUUUGGACACCAAUGGACUAGAAGAAGGGAAAAUAGUAGAAUGAUGGAUCAGCAUAACAUUUUUUGGACAGCAAGGAUUAUGUUCAUGCCUAAGGUCCCUUGUCAAGCACAUUGGCUAUUGUUUGGUAUCAUACAAAGCUUUUAGUGAAUGAGAUUGGCAUAUCCAGUUGACUGCAGAACCAAGUAGUUGCAACGUUUUAUGUUUGUGCUUUGAUCAGCAACAAUGUAUGUGGUGUGUUAGCAUCUUGAUUAAUAUUACAUACUCCGAAGUUU